AUGCCUCCCAAAAAGCUCGAGGCUAGGGAGCACAAUGUCUUUCUCACUACUUCGGUCACUUUCGACAACAAGAAAGACGACUUUGGCAGACUCCAAGUCUACCAAGCCUUCUCUUCUCUCGACGAGGCAAAUGAGUUUUGCGCCGCCAAAGCCGACGAGCUCGCCCUCAGCCUUGACAUUGUCGCCCCGGAGCCCACACUGAAACACUACACCAACGAUGGAACCUUCAGAAUGGAGCUGCCCUUGGAACACCGUAACAGAGACGUCAUUGUCGAAACCAUCAUCAUGCCUCUCAUGGGUGGCAUCAUACUCCACAACAAGUCAAUGUCUCGCAAGACCAAAUCAGUGACAAAGUCAUCCAAAGCCUUGCCCAAGCCUAAGAGACAGAAGGCUAGACCAGCCCCGUCUUCCGACGAGUCUACCGAGGAAGAAGACGACGACCAAGAUGUAGACAUGGACAGCGCUCCUGCCUCGCCCAAAUCAAUGAAAGCUAUGAAGCGCGCAUCCAUCAAGCUUGAAAACCAGGAUUCGACGACCGACCAUCCUGACGCCGUUAACCUCGAACACAGAGACUCUGUCAUACAGCCUAUCAUCGAUCCCACCGAAGUCACCGAGGCUGAUGUCGCUGCCGCUCCAUCAGGCCGUCCCGAUUGUCUUCGCAUGUCAUCGUACUUCAUUACCGGUACUCACCCACAUUGGAGCUACGAGCAGCUAGAGAUCAUUAUCAGAAUUUUUGGAGGCGAGGUCAAGAAGAAGCUGCCAACCUACAACCUCGAUGCCAUGUUCACCGUCGUUCUGGGAGCUAAAGUUCCUGCGGCCGCACUGCGUCGGAUCAAGACAAAGGAGUUCAGUACCAUCACACCUCAAGAAGUCAUCACUCGCAUUCGCUACUCAGAUACCCCUACAGACCCUACACGAAUCGCUAGUGAGAAGGUCGCCAAACUCUGCAAAAUGGUUGCCGCCAAACCCAUUCCUGCCAGAAGAAUGGUCCAGGAUGAGGAUGAGGCUGAUAGUGACGUACAAGAGCCAGCCACCAAGAGGAAGUCUGUCAAGUAUGAGGAUGAGACGGACAGUGACUGA